GAGAGAGGAUUCUGGCAAUUGUCUUUCUUUUCAGACAUUUGAGAGCAUUUCGAGAUGAACGGAACAGAGUAUUUCAUGAACGCGACCGGCCCUGAACAUUGGGUCACUUUCAGUUUCGAAACGACCGACUUUAUCUGGGACGCUCACUUGUGGAUGAAGGAUUAUUGGUGGAAAUGCUUCUACUACACUGCUGUUUAUCUGAUCGUGAUUUUCGGGGGGAAACGUUACAUGUCUGACAAGCCGAAGUUCAAUCUGAGAAAUACGCUCGCGUUGUGGAGCGCAUCGCUGGGGCUAUUCUCCAUUAUAGGAUUUAUGAGAACGAUGCCGGAACUUUACCAUACAUUACAGCAUCACGGGUUUUACUAUAGCGUUUGCUCGAACAGUUACUACACACACGACCGCGUUUGCGCUUUCUGGUCGUGUCUGUUCGCCCUGUCGAAGAUCAUAGAACUCGGCGACACGGUGUUCAUCGUGCUACGAAAACAGCCGCUGAUACUAUUGCACUGGUAUCAUCACAUAACAGUCAUCUACUUCACAUGGCACGCAUAUUCGCUACUUGUCGGCACAGCCAGAUGGUACAUCGUGAUGAACUACUUCGUCCACUCGUGGAUGUACUCGUACUACGCCGUGAAAGCAAUGGAAUUCAAACUGCCGAAACGGUUCGCCAUGAUGAUCACCACGAUGCAGCUACUGCAAAUGGUUGUUGGGGCUGUCGUGACAGGGGCGACCUAUUACUACGUGAAGAAGGGCCAGAAAGAAUGCCACGCGACGGUUCUCAAUUCCACUUUCGGUCUGCUCAUGUACCUCAGUUAUUUCAUUCUGUUCGUCAGAUUGUUCCAGAAGUCUUACCUGUCGAGCAACAACGAACAGAAGAGACAGAGUCAGGAUCACGCCUACGAGAACAAGAUCAAAACUAAUUAGAGUGCAGAGAUUUGAAGAUUUUCGAGUCGAAGAGCGCGUUUUUUUUCCUGGAGACUCUGUUUUUUAGAUCUCUUUGGGAAAUGUUUUAGAGACUUUCUGUUGCCCGGAGGCACUCGCCCUCGAGAGACGUUUGAAGCCUCCUCCUUCCUGAAAGUGUGUAUCUGUCGAUUUAAAGUGCAGAGUGAUUGAUUUCGAUUGUUGAUUAAUCAGAGUGGAAUGACAGUACGAUUGAAAUAGAAAUAUCACGGGACUGGCGUGAAUUUCUAUAAGUUAAUUUUUAUAACGUUUCCUUUAUUAGCUUUGUAAGCUAAUAAAGUUUCAAGUCUUGUGAAUUUCAUUCGGCGCGAGAGAAAAUUUCCUCCUGACGAAAAGGAACUUGAGUUCCUGAAGACUUGAAAUUCCUUUAAGCCUCUCUAUCAUUAGGAAUUAACGUGUCGCAAAAAGAACAUUUCAUUGCAUUGCGUGCAAAAACAUUUAAGUGUAAUCACAGACGGUGAAUAAAAAAAUUCUGACGUUAUAACAGAUAUUUUUAUGGAUUUCUUGAUGAAAUUAUAACGUAAAUCAUUUGCAUGUUAUUUUGCUCAUGAAUUUAUGUAUUUGUGAUUUACAUAUUUUAAAGUAUUAACUAUGAGACAUUUAUAUAUUCCAGUUUUUUUGAUAGGGAUGUUAACGAUUCAUUUCCAAUUUAAAUUUUAAAAUUAAAACGUAGUUCAAUCGACUUUGGUCGAUCGAAACGAGAUAAUUCCUGAUCGCGUUUCUGUGAAAUUAUUGACAAAAUUAAGACAGAUUUUGUCCAAUGUUAAACGUUCCUGUUUUCUAAUAACGAUUCGAACAAAAUACAAGUUGAUGUCCUAAUUAAGAAAUAAGAAACAAGUAUUUAACACGUUCGCGACCGACGAAUUCGUUAAGUGUUUAUUUGGCUUCGUUAAAUAUUUACUAGUAACGAUUUAUCGUUUGAAACGAAGAACUUUUUUUUUCUUUGUUAAAGAAAAAAAGCAAAAAAGCAGAAGACUAAAAUAUUUUGAAAAUUAUUUCUGUGAGGGAUCAGGAUUAGAAUUUGAAAAGACGUGAAUUCACAUAAUUCACAAUAAAGCAUGUGUGAGUUGAUUUUUUUCCUACGCCAAGAUUACAUAAUGUUCGUAGGUUAUGUAUGAAAAUUGAUUAGAUAGAGGAAAUUUAUACGCUCCUGAUUUAUACAUUUAUGUAAAAAUGGACAGAAUGAUACGACGAACGAUAGCAGAAAAUUAAAAUUAUGAUAAUGCACAAUGGCGGAAAGUAGUUUUUAUCACGACGUAAAACAAAUCAUUUAGAUUCGAUUUUUUUCCUUCUAGCCGUAAUUUCCUCCAUGCCUCACAAAAGGGGAAGUGAGUUCAAUUUGAUUUUCUAGAGGGGCGGAGGGACAGAAUUCGAGAGUAAAUUAUUAACAGUGAAUUUUCUUGCAUUCUUUUAAAUGAAAAUUUAACUUUGUGAAAAUUUCUCUUCUUUCAUGCAUGUCAUGUUCUUUCGAAGCUUGUUCAGAUCAAGUCAAUGGGCGUUUUAGACUUCCUCCACGUCAAAAAUUUGCUUUUUGAAUAAUAAGAAUUAUGUGUCACAUAGGAGUGAGGCAUGGCCAAAGAAAGGUUGCGAACCACUGUUCUACAGGAUGGGCCAAAAGUUUCUUCUCAUCUAUUUUUUGUUAAUAAAACAUCAAAAUAUAAGAAAAAAACUGUUUUUAUUAACUUCAAAAAUUAAUAAAUUUUUUUAGUUUUUAUUGAUUUUAUUAACUUCAAAAAUUAAUAAAAUUUUGUAGUAGAAAGUGAUUUUUGGCUCACCCUGUAUUCAUGAAAAAUAUAAAUU